AUGUCGUCGUAUGCGGUCUGGUCCGGUAACGGGCAUACUAUUCUUUAUGCCCCCUAUACCUAUAAAAGUGUUGUCGGGAUUGAACACUACUGGAAUCCAGAUGCUACGCACGAAUUCUUUUCUCGGCACUGGAGCUCUUCUAUAUAUUUGGCUUUGGGUUAUGUAGUCCUUAUUAAUGUCAUGCAACGAGUUAUGGAAAAUAGAAAACCUUUGAAUAUCAAAUGGAUAUUACUAUUUUGGAACAGCGCAUUGGCUAUGUUCAGUAUGAUGGGUACCUGGCGGUUUGGACUCGAGUUCUACAAUAUGCUUACGACGAGGUAUCAUUUUUUCUUCUUUUUUUUCUCAAAAGAAAUGACAUGUUCGUGCCUUCAGAUUGAUCACUUUUUUAUCGCGGAAGUGCUCGAUUUUAUUUGCUCUGUCCCCUCAUUCCGCUCCAUUUUUCAAUUUCAUUUUCAUUUAAUGCUCUCCGAUUGCAUUGUGAGCUUUUAUGGGCAUUAA